AUGCGUGUAACCAUAUUCGUUCUCUUAACCCUUGGUGCCAAAUAUGGAGAUGGCCAAAUUUCGCAAAAGAGAAUUUUGGAUAACUUUGAAAACGCCGCAAGAGGGACACUUUUUACGGGCGAAAAUAUGGCAUUAUUAAAACAAUGGGUGAUUGACAACGAGAUGGGCGAGGCGGCUGAUUUAAUAACGAUGCAGAAUACGAGGCAAAUUCAGAUAACCAACAAUUUUUUUUUCGAUGACAAUAUAAAUGGUACUGAAGUUGUUGACAAUGGUUUUACAAAUAGGAGUCUAUCUGAGAGGAUUGCGCAAAAAUAUAACAAAACCGUCGAGGAAAAUGAGUGUUUUCGAGAUGUCGUUUCUAUGUUUUCCUUUGACAAUAAAGAUUUUCCACUGGCAAAGAUGCUAGAUGCUUCAGCAAAAGUUCAACCAGGAGUUUUUUACGGAAAUAUCCAGAAUAUGGGAAACUUCGAUCAGUGCCUAAAUAUAAGUGGGGAAAUCUCAGGGAAAUAUUGUACAAUAGAAUUUAAACCAAACUUUACAAGUUUAUCCUGGUCGUUUGGCAUAUGUAUACCAUCCAGAUGCAAUGCGUUAAAUUUAAACAAUUUUAUAAAGUAUAUGGUAAAAACCAUAAAACUUCCUAUUGCUGUACAAAUAGAAGAUAACCUGUGUUGGACAAAAGAAAAACAAAAACAAUUUUCAGGGCUUAAUAUAUUGGCAAUGUCUAUUUUUGUAUUUUUCGGACUUUUGUUAUUAUGCAGCACAAUCUGCGAUGCUUUCAUACCAAGUGAUGCAAAAAAUGUCCCUCUUCAAAUAUUUCUAGCGUUUUCAUUGUGUCCCAAUGCCAAAAGGCUUUUUAAGACGAAAAUGAGCAAAGGCAAUGAAAUUCUUGGUUGCUUGAAUGGCAUAAGGGUCAUAAGUAUGUUCUGGGUUCUAACAGCGCAUGCUAUGAUAACUUUUUUGAAAUUACCUUCAACGGAUCUAAUCGACUUUCCAAUAGCUUUAAAGAGGUGGGAUGCUUUCAUAUACUUCGCCGCAGCAAUGGCUAUGGAUACAUUUUUGGUCAUUGGUGGAUUUCUGGUCGUCUACUUAUAUUUAAACAACAAAAACACUGUUGAUUUUUCUUAUAUCGCUCUCUACUUUCACAGGCUACUAAGAUUAACUCCAUCUUUAGCCAUGCUUGUUGUUUAUGAGUUAUUGGUGCCAAAAUUGGGUUCUGGUCCUAUUUGGCAUUUUCAGGAAGAAUCAGCAAACCAUUGCAAGACCCAGUGGUGGGGUACGUUGCUUUAUAUACAAAAUUAUUUAGGUUUGGAAGGAUCGGAAAUGGCAAGUAUAAAUUAUUACGUCACAACAAACAUUAAUUAA